GAGUGACUCUUCACGACGAAGGCACGUACAACCGUUCCGUUCUGCUGUAUGCCACAAAUCAGUUCACUAUUUCAGUCGCAGUGUAAUUUUGGACGAAUAACAAGGAGGGUUCGAUUUGUGUGCUUGAUGUACUGCAGACUCAAUCCCCAGUCAUAGAGAAGUGUGCAUAGUCAGAGGGCGAGUAAGUGAAUUUCCCCGUUUUUCGAGAGGCCUUUCCCAUCGCGCACCCAGUGAAAAUACAGUAGCUGUUUUGUGUGGCUGCGGAUCAGUUUGGAUAGACUGGCGAGCAUCAGCACAGCUCUCGACGCGGGUCCGUGUGAAAUCCACGCAGUGCUUGUGGUCCAUUCAGUGUGAUUACCGAGCGAUUCGGGGAGUUUUCGCAGAAAAUUUGCCAAAACCGAGACCAAUAUCCCGGGUGUUAGUGGAUUAGCAAGAGAAGUCAUUACCUCCGUUCUUGCCAGAUUGUCUGACAAGACCACCAAACCCUGUAAUACCACCUAAUACUUUAUAAUACUUUCGAAGAGUCCCUAACCCCGAACAGACAGUAUCAUUGAUUUUUUCCACUUUAUCGCUCCAUCAAAGCCACCAUGAAUAGUGUCUUUCUCUAAUUCUGCCGGUGAAUUCUGCCCCUGAAAUUGACAAUCCACCCAAAAAGAGAUUCCAAGAGAGACUCUCCAGUGAUUUAUAAACCAUCACAAGUGUUUGUUGUUUCUUUCGGGAAGAACUCACCCAGACAAUACAUAGUGAGCAAGAAUGUGGAGUCAAAUCGUCAUCUGAGAGCUCUGGUUAUAUAAUUUCCCCGCCAGAGAAGCACGGUGGAUAUAAUUCCUUAGUUUGUAAGGAAAGCACAACUCUUGAGGACUCUCCGUUUUGCCGUGCCGACGCCAAAUUGCCAUCAAGACGAUUCGAUACAGUGGUUUCAGGGACGUCGUCAUUCCAAACGGAAGACUGAAUCAACUGUCGGCCAUCUUUCCACCUGCUAUCAUGGAGCGGGGCGGAUUGGACAGCAUGACCGACUCGGCCGGCCUGUGCCUGCAGGACCUGGUGGGCAGCGGCGGCAGCGGCGGCGCCAAUCAGUCGGAUCACUUGCACAAUCACCAUCCGCUGCACGAUUCUGUGGCGGCCGCGGUCAGUGUGUCGUCGGCGAUAACCGGCCUGAUGACGGGCUCGGGCGGCGCUGGCCUGGGCCAUCUGCACCACAGCUCACACGACAUAUCCGGGCAUCACCACCACAGCGUCGUGCCGCAUACGCCAUCCCUCCACGAGCCGCUGGAGAAGCUCAAAAUGUGGGCCGAAACUGGAGACUUUAGAGACAAUACACAUAGUGCAAUGACAGCAGUUACCAGCGGGAUGGAUCAUACUCAGCUCAAUUUCCAGUCUUCGGCAUCGAGAGGACGAAGCAGAGAUAGAAAAGGUGAAGGAAAUCGAUCACUUGAGGCUUCAGUGAAAACUGAAACGGUAACACCUGGUUUAGGUCACGAUGACUCCAUCGUGACCACGGAGGAGACAAAGAAUGACAAGAAGAACAAGAGACAACGACGCCAGAGGACUCACUUCACAUCGCAGCAGCUUCAGGAGCUCGAGCACACGUUCAGUAGGAAUAGAUAUCCGGAUAUGUCGACGCGCGAGGAGAUCGCCAUGUGGACGAAUCUUACUGAGGCGCGUGUCAGGGUAUGGUUCAAGAACCGACGGGCCAAGUGGCGCAAACGUGAGCGGAAUGCGAUGAAUGCGGCAGCCGUCGCGGCGGCGGACUUCAAGAACGGUUUCGGGACACAAUUCAUGCAGCCCUUCGCUGACACUGAUACUCUAUACACAUCGUACUCGCCGUACAAUAACUGGGCGACCAAGGUUCCAUCGCCACUCGGCACGAAGACUUUUCCCUGGCCUGUGAAUCCCCUCGGAUCAGUGGUAUCGACAAAUCAUCAUCAAAACUCGGUGAAUUGCUUCAACUCGUCGGCAUCCUCGGUGGCCGUCAGUAUGUCCACGUCGGGCACGAUGCUGCCGGGCGGCAUGGGCACAGGCCUGGGCGCGACUGGGCCGGGCACGGCAGUAGCGGCACCUCCGUGUCCCUACACGAAUCCCACCAACCCCUAUUCAAUGUACCACCAUCGCGCCACGGCCGAACCGUGCACGGCCAUGAGCUCCAGCAUCGCGACGCUGCGGCUGAAAGCCAAGCAGCACACCUCCGGCUUCAGCAGUCCCUACUCCGCCCCGUCCCCCGUGUCGCGGUCCAACUCCGCCGGCCUGUCCGCCUGCCAGUACGCCGGUGUGACGGACACCGUGUGAGAUCACGCCCUGGGCUCCCUGCUGAACAGCCAACUGCAGCACGCGCACAAGGAUCACGAGGACGACGAUCUUCUGGGGCCCAACAAUGACGGCGACGACGUGGAGGAGAUCCAGGAUUGAGCGGCGCUUCUUUCCCGUAAGACCUUUUCACAGACACUUUCCUUCCCCCGCGAUUGUGGGCUGCGCCAGGUGGAGAGAAUGUCACCUUAUCGCCUGUAAUCAGAGCGCAUUUUGGUCUAUUUUCCGUAUACGUGACUUUUCCACAAUUAUCAUUUGUCCGCCUAAUUGCAAAUUAAAGCCAAAUAGUGUUUUGUCUGGUGUUAUCACGCUGAUAAAGGGUGUGCGAGAGGCGAGCACAAUGGUAAGCCCAUUUAUAAUUAAAAAUUCUCUGAUUGGUUUCACACUCCAAAUGGGCGUCAAUUCGUGCCGAAAUCGCGAUAAGAAUCGCCUAAUUACCGAGCGAAGAAAUGUUAUCGCUAUUUAAUUUGGGGCUUUAAUCAGUGCCCAAAUUGCUUAUCAGCCAAAUUAGAGGCGGUUCCUUUCUUCAACACUGUGACUCACCGUGUUUGUAGAUCGCGAAAUGGUGCUUCACACACACAGUUCUUUAUUGGGGCGCGAAAAAAUGAUGGAUUGGCAAAGUCCAUCAAUCACAGAUCCUAAGUUACACAAGAAUUGAAGAGCGGCAAGCGUUUGAGAUGCAGCAACACUUUCAUUUGGUGGCGUUUUUCGAGAGGAAAGUAAAAGCCGAAAACAGCGAAAUUAGAAAGAAAAAAAAAAGAAAUCUAUGAAGACAAAUAACAUUCUUAAACAUUUGACAUGUCUUAAUUUAAUAAAUGAGAGAGAAAAGAGUUCAAUGUUGAGAGUUAUGUGCAAUUUGUAAAAACAUUUUAAAAUUACAAGUCACAACAUUGAAAAUUAUAUAAAAACUAGGGCAAGUUAAGUUAAUCAACUAUUUUUAGGUUACAAUUAGAGCUAAAGAGAGUUUCUUAAAGUAAAAAAAGGUAAAAAACAAUGCUACAAAUAAAAAAUCUAGUUUGUAAGGACAUUGUAAAUAAAUAUUGUAAUUGAAAUAGAAAAAAAAUUCAAAUAACUUCCACUUUUAGAUAUCCAGUACGUAUGAUGAAUUCUAGGAUUCAGAUUUCUUUAUCUGAUCUUAUUUCAUUCUUGAUUCCACGCAUUAUGAUUUUGUCUGAAUUAGACAAUAAAUAAAACCCUUGAAAUUGUCAUGAACUUUCAAAAUUCGUAAAUGAAAUCUUCUUUGUAGAGUGAAAAAAAAGCAGAGGAAAGCCAAAGUGUUGAUAAUACAAAAGAAUUGUAAAAUUACUUAUAAAAGAGAAUGAAGAAAGAAAACAUCCUAAAGAUAAAAAGGAAAAAAUAAGUAAUCUAUAAUUAAAAGAUGAAAUAAAAUACACACAUCAAAUAAGAGUUGUCUAGUCAGAUGAUAUAAAAAUAAAAAGUGAAAUUAAAAGCACGAUCUUAGUUUUAUUUGUCUCGGGCCAAAGUGUAUUCCGAAAGGAUUUCCAGCCCUGUGUUUUUCCAAUGUGAUUCGCCUGUGGAGAAUAUUAUGGUGAUAAAAUGAAGGAAAAUUGACCCUUAUUUUAUGAGGUUAAUAAAACCGAAAUUCGGUGCGAGAAAAUUCAUACACAUGCGGAGGAGAGCAUUUUAUAUAUGUUUUGCACCAGGCAGAAGGAAAAAGGGGGCCAAAAAGGCGAGUGUGGAAAGUCGGAGACGCGCGUCUCACACUGGGAAAGAUGAACGGAACAAAACCACCCCUAAUCCGGACAACAAAAGGGAUCCCAUUUAAUGAAAACUAUUUUGUUAUUUAGCACUAUACAGCUUCUGGAAGAUGAAUUUAUACUCUGAUUUGAUUAUCCAGAGGGUGAGUACAUGUGUGUGCUCUGAGGGUGCAUGGUAAUCAUGUUAAUUUCUGCGGAAUA